AGCUAAAUUGAGCUGCAGUUUUCGGACCUGUGAUCGACUUACUUUUAAUACCGGACUUAGUGCUUGCAUUUAACCUGGGUGAUUUUUUCGUAAUCAGAAAUACGGACGAAAUGUUGCGAUCAAUAAACCCCUAAGGCAGAUUAUGUACGUAGGCACCUUUUUUGUAGUCAGCUACCGCAGGAAAAAGGCUUAAAUACUGACCUUGUUUUAUUCAGCUUUUGUAUUUUUUGAUUUUUGACCAAACAAAGAUUAUAGUGACCAACAAUCAUUAGUAAAAUGAAUUGGUUAUUUAUUUUUAAUCUCAACCCAUUUUUUGUGUAUUUCUACUUAAGAAAUCUACUUGUGUUUUAAAAAUCUACUUGUGUAUUAAAAAUGCUUGGCUGUCAAUCUUAAAUGGCCGAUUAAUAACUGAGUUUUCUUUUUAUCUUGUUCGUCUUUAAAUACAUAUCUGAUCUGUUGAUGAUUUUUAAAGCAGCUUCCAUUUGCCUGAUGUUAAAGUAAAACGCAUUUUGGGAUUCACCUGUUUUAGUGUUUGUCAGAGCACAGUGAGCGACCUUAGUGCAUUGAGCCGAUGCACUGAGACGAUUUAAUAUCUGGGCCGAUUGUGAAAAAGAAGCAAACUGCUGCUGCCGGGGCAGGGGUGGGGACGUGGACGGGGACGGGCUUCAAUUCAGUACCUGAUGCUAGUCGCAUUGUGACAAAAAAAAAUACAUUAUUUCUUGCCGGUGGCUCCUCGUUUAUUUUAUUGACAGAUGGAGGUAGUGUUUGUGGUAGAGAAAAAAGAGCUGAUCCCCUUUGAUUGAUUUAUUAUUUCGCAGCGGUAGGGCUUACACAGGAGGGUGCGGCCAAGUAGAAGAACCGGACAGGAGCUUUAGAGACCGCCAACCUGCUUGUACGUUCCUUUUUGUGGUGACAUACAUAGUCAAGUGACGCAGCACAUUGUGGCUCAAAUCCUUUUUUACAAAAUCAUUUGGCCAAUUUUAUCUCCAUUACAAACUCACAAUGAUCAAUGCAGUUGAAAGCAAAUCACCAAUUUAUCAUCUGGCUACCAAAACAGCUACCUUCGCCUCCCUUAUAGGCACGCUUAACGCUUCAUCCCUGCUUCUUUUUCACUGCUAACUGAUAUCUGCAAGCAAAUUGCAUUGCUGCUCACUUAUAAGUCUACCUAAGUCACUUUAGUAAUCAGCUUCUCUUCUGCCUCCGGCGCUGUCCGGUCGGUUUUUUUGAUCUCGCACUCAGCAAUGCAGAUGAUGACUGCGGCGGCUACUGAAGCUAAAAUUUGGGCAAAGAACGCCUCUUUCAACCUUUCAUCAGCGUCGGUGGUGGCGGGGGCGCAAAAUGCCUCAGAUGAUGAGCAAGGCGAAACUGCGGAAACACUGCAAUCCUAUGGAUUCUAUUUUGCAUCAUUAUGUCUUGCACUUGUUACAAUUCUUACCAUAUUAGGGAACUUGCUGGUUAUGAUUGCAAUUUUGAAGACUAAAACCCUGCGAUCGACCCAGUAUAUUUUUAUAUUUUGUCUGGCAACCACUGAUCUAUGCCUGGGCUUACUGGUUCUGCCAUUCGCUACCUAUUACGAGAUGACCCAAUCGUGGGCUUUUGGGACAGUGUUAUGCAAUGUGUGGGUUAGUCUGGACGUGAUGCUCUGUUCGGGUUCUGUACUGCACCUGCUUUUCAUUACUAUAGACCGCAAACUGGCCAUCAAGUAUGCGAUCGAGUACAGGUUUGUGGUGACCAAGCCCAGAAUCGCCAUGUGUAUGAUUCUGGUGUGGGUCAUCUCCAUCGGAAACUCCUUUCUCCCUAUCUUUCUCGGUUGGAAUACUGCGGAUGGUUCUGUGCAGAACACCCGAGACCCCACCCAAUGUGGCUAUGACAUGGGAAACAAGUGGUAUUGUCUCAUAGUCGGCCUGGUCACCUUCAUAAUUCCCCUGCUAGUCAUGGCCCUCAUGUACAUCGACAUACUGCACAUGGCACGAAUUCAGAGCAAGAAAAUUCGCGAGCAAACCGUCUUUGUCAGUGCAAACAGUGCAAGUAACGAUGUGCAAAACAGCAGCGGCAGAUUCAGCAAAUCAUACAGCAACAAUAACAAAAAAACCAACAACAACAGCACUCUAGAGGUGCCCGGAACGUCUUCGUCAGCAGAUGCGUCCGGCACCAUUAACGGAGGAGCUUCUGCUGGCACCGAGAUCUCCUCGCGGCCCUCAGUUAGUAGCAAAAGGCGACAGCCGCCGCGAACAAGUGUGGCAAUCCACAAACUAAUGAACAACGUGGACACAAUCUACCGCGAGAACAAAGCUACAGUCACAGUGUUUGUCAUUUUUGGACUGUUCUUCAUUUGUUGGUUUCCAUACAUGGUACUCUUCACUUUCUGGCCCUUAAAGGGCAAUGGUCUGCAGACUGUGAAUCCUAUAGCCAUGAAAAUAUUUGUAUGGACAGGCUAUGUCAACAGUACCGUAAACCCUUUUCUCUACACUAUGCUGAACACGACAUUCAGAGAUGCCCUGAAAAAACUGUUUUCUACUCAGCGCAAACGUCAACAUGCAGACGAUAUUUUGGAUCUGGGAGUGGCGAACGGUCUCCAUGUAUCAGCCAGCGGAGUCUAACCAACAUACCUUCACUAUACUCAGAACCAAAUAUACCGCCGCUUUCGAUCAUUACAACUCAGAUCAGUUUUUCACCAGCAUCAUUUCAAUCAAACACUUCUUAACUUCUUAGACCCCCCCCCCCCCAAAGUGUGCAGGCCCAAUUUCAUUUUAGAGCAAACUUCAACAACCUACUUAAAGUAGCUUUGUAAUUGAUAACACGUAACUAAUUGAAAUGAUCUUGUAAUUACUAUAAUCAUUUGACUCUAAUAUAAAUUAU